AUGCCGUGUGAUACGUCAGAUGACGAUAUUUUCGAGUUCAUAAAUUUUGAUGGUGACGAGGGGCUUCCGGCGGAAAAUGAAAAGAUAGUGGGAUCUUCUUCUCAGGAUAUUGGAUUAGUCCAGAAUGUCUCUAAUGAAGACACAAAUUUUCCGGUCCAAAACAUGACAAUAGAUUACUUCCUUGAGACAUGGAAGUACGACAAUGGGGUUCCAGAUGUAGAGGAAAUAAUUGAGAUGGGUUUUUGUUGGAAAAUAUGCUAUGUACGAUAUUAUAUGGAUAUACAUGAUGAAAUAAAGAACACUAAAUAUUUUACAACCAGAGACGAAUGGAAUUAUAUAUACAUCCAAGGGAGAAAUUUUCACCAGUCUCAUAUGCCCGUCAAAUCUAGUAAUGAUCAGCCACCUCACACCUACCAUGAUGAGCCAAGAUAUACUUGA